AUGGUUCAACAAGAGGAGAUGACAGAGGAUACGGUCGAACAAGAAUACCAGGAGUUUGGACACAUCCCAAGGGUGGUACGAAGCCCCCCUGUGGUAUUGGUUAACCGUAACCAGGAUCCUGACCAAGUGAUUCGACAAGUUCGACAUGAUGCAGCCGUAAGGGAACAAAACCUAGAGGUUAUCCUCGAACGGAUCAUAGUGCAAAAUGGAGUAAGUUCGUGCCUCCAACGACCGACAUACUCCUCGCCUCUACCAGAUUUUAUCUUACAAACAGAAUUGCCAAGGGGAUGGAAAGUCCUUAAAUUUACUAAGUUCACGGGGGAUACUGAAGAAUCCACCGUCGAACCGAGGCUGAUCAGUCUUAAAGAACUAGUUAGCAUUAAGCGAAAGGUCGCUGAGUCAAUUGAUAAAUACCUGAACAGGUUUAGACUAUUGAAGGCGCGAUGCUUUACUCAAGUCCCUGAACACGAACUAGUCGAAAUAGCGGUUAGGGGUCUAGAUUAUUCUAUAAGGAAGAAGUUGGAUACCCAGUACCUUAGGGAUAUGGCCCAAUUGGCCGAUAGGGUUCGACGUAUCGAACGUUUGAAAGCCGAAAAGUGUAAGGUGGGUCGAUAUCAUAAAAAAAAAGAGAAAGUGUCCUACAUCGCAGUCGAAGGAGGCUCUUCCGAUGACGAAGAUAUAGUCGACAGAAGUGAGGUCAACAUGGCGGAACUCAAGCCCGGACCUCCAUAUACGUGCAAGGUUUUCAAACCAUCGAAUGGGAAAAACCCUGUCGAACUAGAGAGAAUAGACAAAUACGUCGCUAAGACAUAUAUGUUCGACAUGUCUAAAUGA